AUGAACUCAUCGGGUAUGGCUACUGAGGCUCGGCAUGAUGAGUAUAAAGAUAAUGAUGAUGAUGAUGAUAAGCCUAUAGUGUUCAAGAGAAGUGAUCAUAAUGGAGAUUCUGAGGAUGCAAGACCUUUAAGCUCAAUAAUUUUCAGGAAUUCCCCUUUGAAUAGGCGGCCAAGUCAAUAUGAGUCAGAUGAUGAAGAUGACGCUCCAAUAUCUUCAAGGUUUCAAAAGAAGAAUGGUAAACAAGACUCUACUAAUAAAAAUAAUAGUUCAACACUUGAGAAUGCAGGGGUGCCCAACAAAGUAUGUGGCAAGAGGCUUCUGGAUAAGGGCAGUUCUGCAGAUCAAUCUUCCAUGAAGAAGCUCAAGGUAUCAUCUUCAUCUACGUCAGUUUCUGGCAUACAAAGUGAUCAUAAGAGGAAGGUUGUGGUAUCAUCACCUAAAACAUUACCUUUCAAAGAAGAUGAAACUGACGAUGACGAUGAUGUUCCAAUUUCCAAGAGAAUCAAGUCAGAUUUCUCCAAUAGUAAGAAACCAACCGCAAAAACUAAAUUAGGAAAACAGAGUUGUACGUCAUCAGCUACGAAGUCCAAAGUGAAAAGAUCAGUAGUUUCUCCUCCGUCCAAGACAAGGAGCAAAAAGUCUAAGAAAGUGAUCAAGGACUCUAAGUUUGCCAAGUCUUCAAAAUCUUUACCUUCUGGUGAUGGGAAAAAGAAAUGGACUACCUUGGUACAUAAUGGUGUUACUUUUCCACCUCCAUAUGAACCUCAUGGGGUGAAGAUUUUAUAUAAGGGGAAGCCAGUCGACUUAUCUCCUGAGCAAGAAGAGGUUGCAACGAUGUUUGCUGUGAUGAGGGAGACAAACUAUUAUAGUAAACCUCGAUUUAGGGAGAACUUCUGGAUUGAUUGGCGAAAACUACUUGGCGAGAACAAUGUGAUACAGAAGCUGGAUGAUUGUGACUUUACCCCCAUAUAUGAUUGGCAUUUGGAAGAGAAGAAGGAUAAUGAUGGGCUGGUGAAAAAAGCUUCAAAAGAGAAAAAGUUGAAGGAGGAGAAGUAUAUGUGGGCUAUAGUGGGCGGUGUCAAAGAGAAGGUUGGAAGUUUCAAUGUUGAACCUCCUGGGCUAUUCUGUGGUCGUGGAGAACAUCCCAAGAUUGGAAAACUGAAAAAACGUAUCCAUCCUUGUGACGUUACUCUAAAUCUUGGGAAAGAUGCUCCUAUCCCUGAAUGUCCCAUCCCUGGUGAAAGAUGGAAAGGAGUAAAGCAUUAUAACACAGUCACCUGGCUAGCUUUUUGGACUGAUCCUAUAAACCCACCAGGUAUCAAGUAUAUUUCUCUGUCACCUAGCAGUUCUCAGAAAGGCCAAAGUGACAAGAAUAAGUACGAGAAAGCUAGGAACCUUAAGGACCACAUAGACAGUAUAAGAGCAUCGUACACCACAAAUUUUACUGCUGAGGAUGUUUCAAAGCGACAGAUAGCAGUGGCUAUCUAUCUCAUUGAUAAACUGGCACUUAGAGCUGGUAAUGAGAAGGGUGAUGAUGAGGCAGACACUGUUGGUUGUUGUACGUUAAAAGUAGAAAAUGUGGAGUGUGUUCCUCCGAAUAAGUUAGAGUUCGACUUCCUUGGUAAAGAUUCAAUCCAAUAUAUGAAUACGGUGGAGGUUGAACCUUCUGUUUACAAAGCCAUUGGGCAGUUCAGGGCUGGUAAAGCCAAUUCAGACGAUCUUUUUGAUGAGUUAAACACAAACAAGGUGAAUGCCUAUCUUAAGAAGCUUAUGCCUGGCCUCACCGCUACAGUUUUCCGUACAUAUAAUGCAUCCAUCACGCUGGACGUAAUGUUGAGGCAAGAGACCAGAGACGGAGAUGUUAACCAGAAAGUAGUAGUUUAUCAGCAAGCAAACAAGGAGGUAGCCAUAAUAUGUAAUCACCAGCGUACUGUUUCAAAGUCUCACGGUGCACAAAUCGAGAGAUUGGCUGGAAAAAUCAAAGAGCUUAAGGAGGGUCUAAAAGAACUUAGAACCAAUCUGGAGAGAGCUAAAAAGGGAAAAGCUCCAUUGGAAGGCUCUGAUGGGAAGAAAACGAAGAACAUAACUCCAGAAACGUUGGAGAAGAAGAUAGCUCAGAAGAUGAUGAAGAUAGAGAAGAUGGAACGAGACAUGCAGACAAAGGAGGAAUUGAAAACGGUGGCGCUGGGGACGUCUAAGAUCAACUACCUGGAUCCUAGGAUCACGGUAUCGUGGUGCAAACGCCAUGAAGUACCCAUUCAAAAGAUAUUCAACAAGUCUCUUGUGGAGAAAUUUGCGUGGGCGAUGGACGUAGAACCUGACUUCACAUUCUAA